AGGUGCGCAAAGUGGUGUCUGACUUUGCUGUAAUUAUAUCCGUGAUGAUAAUGGUAGGAGUUGAUGCUGCUCUCAAAGUUGGCACACCCAAACUGAACAUUCCGACUGAGUUCCAACCAACAAACGCUGAGGCUCGCGGCUGGAUUAUUCCACCGCUUGGUAAAAACCCAUGGUGGACUAUGAUUGCAGCCUGCAUUCCAGCAUUACUCACCACCAUACUGGUAUUCAUGGAUCAACAGAUUACCGCAGUUAUUGUCAAUAAGAGAGAACAUAAACUAAAGGUGCGUAAACUAUCAUGAAUUAUGAAAUGUUAUAAUAUAUAACAUUUGUAAACUGAUUGAGCCGUGUUGAUAUAACUCAAUGUCAACAAGGAAAAUUUCUUUCUUUAUAUUUCUUUUGUGCUACAUUAUAAAAAAAAAAAAAUAAAACAUAUUUCCGUAUUGAUAUACAGUUACAUCAAAAAAUAAAUAAAACAUUUUUCCGUGUUAUAUACAGUUAUAUAAAAAAAAACACACACAUUUUUCCGUAUUGAUUUACAGUUCUAUCAGAAAAAACAAACAAUAUUUCUUCAGAGAUCUUGUCUGGACCGAUAGGAGUUCACUUCUCUGAAGUUUUGAAAUAAACAGACGUGUAGAAAUACACAAACUAAAACACGAGGUUAAAUUUAACCCAGGGUUAGCGCUAACUCACCUUUGAACAACCGGCCCCUGAGUACAUAACACCAAUACAGAAAAUUCGUAAUAUAAGAGGUUGUUAAUUUCUCGUUUUAGAAAGGUGCUGGUUACCAUUUGGAUCUUACAGUCGUAGCUAUUGGAAUAGGUAUUUGCUCCAUUCUUGGUCUGCCAUGGGUGGUUGCUGCCACUGUCCUGUCUCUGGCCCAUGUCCAGAGUUUGUUUGUCGAGUCAACAUGUACAGCGCCUGGGGAAAGACCCAAGUUUUUGGGAGUUAGGUAUGUAAUUGCUUGUCACCACAAAUCGCAUUGAUUUUUUUUUUUGUUCCAAUUAGAGAGACUAUAAUGGUCUUCAGGUUUCGUAGAAAUUUUCAAACUUUUUACAAAAUCCCCGAAUUUAAAAUUUCUUAGUUAGAGUUUCUUAGUUCAUAUCAUGUGCUGUCGAAUUCAAAGCCACUUUGCAAAAAUAAGUUAAUUUUAUGUUAAUUUUCUAGAGAACAACGUGUUACUGGAACACUUGUGUUUAUCUUAGUUGGUCUGACUGUGUUAAUGGGUAAAUUUUUAAAGGUAAAAUAAUGUGAACGAUCUUUUUUUCUGUGAUGCCUUCGUAAAAUCCACUAAUGGGAAAACUAGGGACAUUGAUGGUCUUCAGGGACUAUAAUGAUCCUUUUGAAUUCAACAAGCCAAUUUUGAAACUAAAAUAUUUAUAAUGAGAUGGGAUUCUUAAAUCGGUCAAAUUCUGUGCGAAUCAAAUCGUUAGCUGUUUAAAUUAGUUUCACUAUAAGCAAAAGUUUCACUAUAAGCCAAUUUUGAAACUAAAAUAUUUAUAAUGAGAUGGGAUUCUUAAAUCGGUCAAAUUCUGUGUGAAUCAAAUCGUUAGCUGUUUAAAUUAGUUUCACUAUAAGCAAAUAUAUUUUCCUAUAUAGCUUGAAAACUAUAGCUUCCCAUGAAACUAAUAUUCCAAAAAAGUAUGCAUUUUAAGAACACAUCUAUUUUAAAAACUGUAUAUUUCGAAUCUAUUUUGAUUUAUCUUCAGCAAUAUAUUUACAAGAUAUGGCGUACAUACGGUACAUGUGCUGUUAAAAUGCAUGAUUUUUCGGAAUAACAUUAGUUUUAUAUUUGCUGAAACUAUCAGCCGCGGUAAAAGAUAUUUUUCUAUCUUCUAAAACGCGAAAUUUGAAAGAAACGUCAAAACUAUAUUGUGUUCUUCUUCGUUUACGUUCUUCCUUGAUGAGAUGCUAAAUUCAGUUUUCUUGAUAUGUAGUACAAACGAAUUAAGGCACAGUUUGCAUACAGCAUAACUAGUUAUGAUAGGUUAAGUAUCGGUUAUCUUUUCUACUAGCAGAUUAAAUUACUUGAAAAUUCACAUAGGUCGUUCUACGAAUAAAACAUAUACGUAUGAAGUUUACCAAAGGAUUUUGUUGGAUAAAAACUUAUUAAUUUUCAAGUUCAUGUUUGGUGGCUCACUUUGCACAGUGUAACGUAAAUUUGUUUGCACUGCAUAUCAAGAGAGUCAUGGUCGCGUCAUGUCACCUUUAAACGAUAGAUAGUGAGAAUUGUGACGGCCAUAUUAGUUUGACCUCAUUAGUUACUAGAAGUUUAAGAAGAAAGAGAGGUCACUGGUGGUCAAUUUUUAUCUAGACAAUAUGUGUCCUUUUUACCAGUAAUUUGAAAUUGCUAAAUUAAACCUCUUUUAACAUGUGGUGUGGGCCAUUGAAAUGAAUAUAACUGGAACGCUACCUUCAGAUAAACUGCCUAUCUUUUUUCUUGAAGCUAAAUCUGACCUCUAGACACGCGUGUUUGGAGGUCAAGACACACGUGUUUAUGUCAUGAUUGUCUGAUUGAGCGCUCUUCGCAUGCGUGAAAAGACUGGGACCGGCCUUCAAGUUUGCCUCCAUUUUACCGGUUGGAGGUAGCGUUCCACUUAUAUUCAUUUCAAUAGGUGCGGUCACACCACUGAUCUAAUAGUAGAUCACAUCAAUAUGGCCUGACAUUGACUUUAUUUAUGCAUAGCAGAUCUACAGUAGUUUUUGAGAUCAGUGGUAAAAUCUGAUGCUAUAAUUUGUUGCCUGGAGGCAUAUUUAUACCUCUGUAGUAUCGAACUAUUAAUGUAAUCCCUUUUUUUCUUGUGUAGUACAUUCCAAUGCCUGUAUUGUAUGGAUUAUUUAUUUAUAUGGGUGUUUCAGCUCUGAAAGGUGUUCAGGUGAGAUAUAUUGUUUUGUUGCACAAGAAGCGCUGCCGAAGUAUUACAAAUUUAAAGGGCUGUUACCGUAAUCUCUCUAUUAAUGACCCCUGGGACGUAUUUUUUCAGAUCAGUAAAUCUAAUCAAAAACAUGUUUUUGUACGAAUAGGGGACCUUAUUAUUAGCAUGACAAAAUUACUGGAUGCUGAUUGGUUGAGAGGAGUACAAUUAUUUCAUUAAUUGUACUGCAGGACAAUAAACGAUUUUCCC